GUGACAACAAUCCGACAUAACCUCAAUUUAACUUUAUGGUUUAAAAGUUAUUUAAAAAAAAAACAAAUGGAUUUAAUUUUCGCAAAAGAGGACCCUAUCUUCAAUAACGACGUCUUGUGUAUGAAGAGUUUAAUCGGAAAAAGCGUUAAUAUUGAGACUAUUGACAAGUGUAUCCACGAGGGAAUUGUGUAUGUUGUCGAUCCAGUGUAUAAAACUGUUGUUUUGUUAGAUGAAAGUACAAAAAGCCUAGAAUUUGUGUUAUUUCAUGCUAUUAAAUCAUUUAACGUGACUUCGGACGAACAAAAUGAUAAACUUCUUCAAACUCCGACGAAAUUGUUAAACUCUGAAGAGUCAGUUCGAAAGAAAAUGAAACUUAUGAAGUGGUUAAAACUACUUAUGAUUAAUGUAACAGAGGAUGGGGAACUAUUGAGAGUUGAUGAACAUUUGUCAAUAGGGCCGCCAUAUGGUAUAAAUGACUGUAUGUGUGAUAAUACCAUUGUGUUGGAAAGAAUUAGGAAAAUAAUAGGUUUAAUGCCCCCAGAAUUUGAAUAACCAUUUAUUAGUUUAUUAUUAUAGGUAGUAGAAUGUAAAUUUAUAAUUUAAGUAACGUAAGUUAAAAAUUUGUAAAUGUAAAUAACGAUAAAAACAAUCAAUAAAAUAUAUUUGUAUAAA